CAGAAGAGGAACUCGAAAGGAAUUCUGAUAUUAAAACUGCAUUUAUUGUGCAAAUUAUAAAAGAAUCUGUAAAUAGCAUUUCACUGGAAUGGAGCUGUGUGGAGGGUGCCCAAGUUUACAGAAUUGAAAAGCACCACAAAACAGAGGGUUGGACCAAAGCCGAUUGGACUAGCCGAUGUUCAACAACCAUAGACAAUUUGGAAGAAAAUUUUGGCUAUCUGCUGCGAGUGAAAGCACUAAAGCUGCCAACCAAUGCCACGGAGUACGAGAUUGUGAAAAUUUCCAAUGAAAUUGUGGGUUGCACACUGGCCACGGAACCCACAACAAUAUGUCUGUUUCGUGCCAUCAAAAAGGACCAACACUUUUUGGUUAAACGGAUUUUGCGUCGUCGCCCCAGCUUAAUUGAAUAUCCCGGUCCAAAUGGCUAUUUGCCAUUGGCGAAUGCUAUCGCAUGCAGUGAAAUGUGUGUUAUUGACGUUCUACUUUCUGCCGGAGCGAAUGUUAAUGUCGGAAAUCCAAACAUCAAACGGACACCAUUGCAUGUUAUAUGCCUAUGUGCUACAGCAUUGGCAGCUCCCCAAGGCUACAAUUAUCAACAACAAACUCAACAAGGUUCUACGACAUUCGGUGGAUCUUCCUUCAACACACAAUCGACUUCAAAUAGUGGUCCCAGUAGUCUUAUAAACCAUAGUGCUAUUCUACAAGAGGCUCUCAAAAGUUCGAAUUUGCAAAACUCACUGGGAGGAGUAGGAGGACAAAUUGGCUCAACUCAACAGUUUUCUUCCUCAGGCCCACAAUUCACAACACAAUCCCAAGCCAUCCAACAGCAGCAACAGCAAAGCUUUGGAUUUCCAAAUGUUCAACAGCAACCCGCUUUCACAUCCAGCUUUGGAGGUCAGCAAAUACAACCCCAAUUCCCCAACUAUCAACAACACCAUCAACAACAGUUCCAAAAUCCUGCAACCGUAACUAAGGACAUAUAUGUUCAUGUUGCUCCCGAAGAAGGUGCCCAACAACAAUACCAACAGCCCUUGCCUCAGGCUCCACCACGCAAACACUAUCGCAUCGUUUUCAUUAAAGCCCCCUCUCAAGAUUUGAGCAAAACCGCCUUGCGCAUCAAUCAGGCUCCGGUCGAAGAGAAGACCAUCAUUUAUGUGCUCACCAAGAAAGCUGAUCCUCUGGACUUGCAAGCCGCCAUCCAAGAGACGCAACCCAGUAAGCCCAGCAAACCGGAAGUCUACUUCAUCAAAUACAAGACACAGGAAGAGGCCCAGCAUGCUCAGCGCACCAUCCAAGCCCAAUAUGACCAACUCGGUGGUACCACUCAGGUCUCCGAUGAAGGUAUUGCUCCCGUUACCUCUGUUAUUGGAUCUUUGGAUGGCCAGCAAGGCAACGGCGGCGGAGCCAACUUUGGCACACAAUCUGUCGGCAGCUUUGGCCCUCAGUCUGUCGGCACCUUCUCAUCGUCAUCAUCAUCAUAUUCAUCAUCAGCUUCUGGAGGCUCCACGUCGAAUGCUAGCAAAUAUUUGCCGCCUAUUGUCAAAUUGUAGAGAGAAGGUGUUAA